AUGGUAUCAUAUUCCAAAAAGCAAACAGUAGACACAAUUAUGGCUUUGGCCAGACAACUUCUCAGUUUAGCUUGUCUGAUAUGUUUCUUCUCCGAUGAGAUUUCCAGUGUUCCUGUUACAAUCAAAACACGACUUGGCAACAUUACUGGCAUAAAGGAACCGACACCAGACUAUACAACAUCAGUCUAUAAAUUUUAUAAUAUACCAUAUGCCAAACCACCUGUUGGAAAUCUACGAUUUGCCAAAUCGGAGCCAUAUGGUCGAUGGAAUGGAACACUUAAUGCCACUAGCCUUGGUCUUGCUUGCAUGCAAUCACCAGAACCAUACCCUAUGUUUACUUAUAACGGAUUCUCAGAGGACUGCUUGCAGUUGAACAUAUAUGUUCCAAAUAAUAUAUCAUCUAAUAUUAAACGUUCGGUAAUGGUUUGGAUACACGGCGGUGCCUAUCAAUUUGGAUCCGGAACACUAUAUAACGGUACAAUGUUAGCUGCUAGGGGAGACGUUGUUGUAGUGACAAUAAACUACCGACUUGGAAUAUUUGGCUUUCUUUCAUACAAUGAUACUUCUGCUCGGGGAAAUUUUGGUCUAUGGGAUCAAAUCUUAGCUCUUCAGUGGAUUCAAGAAAAUAUUGCAGAUUACACCGGUGAUCCGUCUUCCGUUACAAUAUUUGGAGAAUCAGCUGGUGGUUUUAGUGUGUCUCUUUUGUCAGUUGUACCAAGCAUCAAAGGAUUGUUUAAACGCGUCAUUGCCGAGAGUGGUGUUGCAGAUUCAUUCUUUGCUCUAACUGACGACUCAAAAUUAGUGUCUGUUGCUUUAAGUGAUGCUGUUGGGUGUAUUUACGACCCAAUUACCAAAAAUUAUAAUGCCCUUUUGAAUUGUAUGAGAUCUAAAAAUGCUGGGGACAUACUGAAAACUCUUGAUACAUUGGCCACGGACAUAGAGACAUCCAUACGAGUAGCGAUUCCUCUAGCACCGGUUAUUGAUGGUGAACUGUUUAAUGACUUGCCCUCAAAAGUUCUGUCUAACAAGAAUUCGCCUGAGUACGCUAUGUUUCGGUCUCUAGAUAUGAUAGUUGGAAACUGUAAUAUGGAAGGCUCUCUUUAUCUCUUAACAACAGUAAAAGAACAAGAAAAGUACAAAUUUAACAUUACAAAUGGAAUUCCAAAUUCGUUUCUAUGUAAACAUUUUGCGCCCUCUUUAUCUGGAUUAUAUUAUCAUCAUAGCCUAAAAGUUUCUGAAGCCAUUUGUAAUGAAUAUAGCGUCCAAGACAACAUUGAUGAACAAAGUCGGCAAGUUUUAGAAAUGUAUACAGAUUUGUUCUUUAUAGCGCCUUCAUUUUCUAUAUUAGAGUCGCACUCGAAUAAUAAUACAUAUUCAAAAUCAUAUCAGUAUGUGUUUACGCAAAAAAGCCCUCUUCCAUUUGGCCCAACCAGACCAACCUGGUACAGAGGAUCUGGACAUGCAUCGGAAGUUGUCUUCCUAUUUGGAAUUGAGGAUUUGCACUAUUCCCACCUUCCAGUUUCUACCGAUCAGUUUGACUUAGCCUUACGUAUGAAAGAUUAUUGGACAAAUUUUGCAAAAACCGGAAAUCCUAAUUCCAAAGAAACCGAUGUUCAUUGGCCGGAAUUCAAUACAGAAACUAAAUCAUAUAUGCAGCUGAAUGAUAACAAUUUAACACGCAAUACUUAUUAUAAUUCGGAUAGGGUUAAGUUUUGGUUAGUUACUAUCCCAAACAUGCUUUAGCGUGAUACAACGCGGCGUGACGAAAGUUUACACAAAACACUAACAAAGCGGAAACAAAUUUUUUUUUUUUUUUACUCAUUGCUCUGGAUUCCUCUACCGAUAAAAAGUACCAAUGACAAAAAAAUCGUAUAUUCGCCAAAGACGCACAACCAUGCAGCGUCAUCAGUCGAGCGUAUGAUAUUAUACGUGUUUCAUCAGACCUGUAUUUUACAUGUGUUUCAAUAGAUUCGUAUAGUAUACAUUACUGUUUAUGGAAAAAUUAAAGAAAAAUGUAUGUUGAUCUAUUCUGAUUAAAUUGUGAACAAUUUA